CACGUGUAGAGGUUAGACAAAUGUACAUUUCACACAAAGGCUACCCUAACACCCCACAUUACCGCUUGCGAGACUCGAUCUUGAAUUACUUGUUCCAAAUUUCACCCGUUCGUGUUAUAUAUCAUAGUCCAUAGCCCAGCCCUUUAAUUAUUCUCUAUCAACUCAUCAUUAUCCGAUCCUUGACUACUGAUCAAUCUAUGUCAAUCCAUCUUGAUAAGGGGUGGAUCCAAGAAGGCCACGGUGGUCAUCUCUGUUAAUAUAUUAUUGGCCCAAAUAGCCUUUGUAUAUUAAUAAUAGUUGACAACCUAUUCAGCAACCCACUACUCUUACUCCAGUUACCAAACUUGUUUUGUACCAAGUCUAUUUCUCCCGUUUGAAUUUGAACUCAAAUAAGUGAGAUCAAAUAAGUGAGGUGUGUGAUUGUGUUGUCCCUUGCACCGUCCAAUCCCUUGAGCUAAUAAGCCAAAUCUUCUUUAUUAUGAGACUUCCCUGCAUCCUACUUCAUGUGCUAUUGUUCUCUACCGACAGUUGCUCCUUCCUUGCUCUAGCUGUAUAUAUCCACCACCUCUUGAAUUUUUUUGAUAUAGACUGUGAGAACUCCUUCUUUGUGAAGCUGAGUGAGAGGAGUGUUGAGAAGGUAGAAUAGGUUGUUGCUCCCUUAGCCUUGGUGUGCACAAGGAGACUACCGGAAACCGAUCUCCGGCGACCUGAGCCGAAUCCGGCAAGACAGAAACGGAUCCACAACAGUGGUAUCAGAGACAAGGGCUGUCUUCGCCAACGUUUUCGCUGCAUUCCGCCGUCCGCCGCCGUCCGCCGCCGUCCGCCGCCGUCCGCCGCCGUCUGCCGCCGUCUGCCGCCGGUUGAAGCUUCUGGAAGAUCUGCCAGAUCUGAGUCGUGGUUCUUUGGUGCUGCUAGAACCUUACCGCCCCAACCCCGUCCGUCGUUAGUCAAUUCCGGAGCUCGAGGGUGGAGGUGCCGCUGGAGCUGCCGACUACCUGGGAAUCAACGCCGCAGGUGCUGAAGCUGGACGAGGACUUCACGCUGGAGAUCUCGCUGGACGCUGAGGCAGAACUCGUUCGUGGACUUCCAGGCACGGCUCGGUUAUUGGUUCGCGAUCUGGAGCCGCCACCUGAGAGUUGUUCUCUCCGUUCUCUGUUCGUCGUUGGUCCAUAGGAGCUGCCGUCUGCGAGCUGGUUUGUGGAACGCAGGUCUGCAAUUGUGGAGGUGUUGGGCUGGAGCGUGUUGUUGACGCUAGAAUACUUGAAGCAGGAGAAGAAGAAAAAAAAAUAGGAAGCAGUGGAUUGUUUUUGGGCUGGAAGUGUUUUUUUUUGUUUGGGGCUGGUCAAAGCUGGCCGUGUGGGGUUGCUGGACUAAUUGCUGGCCGAAGGCUGGACUGCUGGAGCUGGCACAGAAGCAGAGGAGUUCAAGCAGGAGCUUUCUGGCUAGACUUGGUCAAAAAUUCAGUCAACUUCCAAAAUCCCUUUUGUGGGUGGGUAAGGUCCAAACACUCUCCUAGUGUUUGGCUACUGUAAGUUUUCUUAAAUGAAAUUUCAUUUACUGUUUUUCAUUUAAUUUAAACUGUUAAAAUUUAUUGUUGAUUUAAUACUUGCUAGAAUUAUAUUUAUUUGUGCUACUGUUUAGCCCUAUAAAUAUUGAACUGUUUUUCUAGCUAUAGUUGCAUUUUUUAUUUUUUGUGUUAAUUUUUCUGUGUGAAAAUGUCUGCAUUUAAUCAGUACGGAAUGGCUCCAUUUAAUGGAAAAACUGAUUUUAGCAUAUGGAAACAGAAAAUAAAAUGCAUAUUAAUUCAACAAAAAUCAUAUAGGGCAAUUAGUCAAACCUAUUUGACUUCCGAUACGGAAGAGAAAAAGGCAGAAAUGAAUGAAAGUGCGUGUUCUAUAAUUUACUUGAACUUAUCUGAUUGUGUGCUCAGAAAAGUAGGAAUUUUAGAAUCUGCCAAAUCUUUGUGGGAUAAACUUGAAGAGCUUUAUACUGAAACCUCUCUACCGAGUAGAAUGUUCUUACUUGAAAAAUUUUUCAAAUUUAGACUUGACAUGUCUAAAGAUAUUGAAGAAAAUCUUGAUGUUUUCACAAAACUUAUUUCCGAUAUUAAGUUGUCCGGUGACAAACACAUAGAUGAUUAUACUCCCAUUGCUUUAUUGAAUGCCAUACCUGAUUCUUAUAGUGAUGUUAAAUCUGCCAUUAAAUAUGGUAGAGAUAAUAUAACUCUAGAUAUUGUUGUUAAUGGUCUCAAAAGCAAAGAAUUAGAUUUAAAGCAAUCUAGGGGAAGUAAGAAUUCGGGUGAGGUGAUGCAUGUUAGGGGUAGACCUCAGAAUAGGUCUCAUAACAAAAAUUAUGCUAGUAAUGGAGAAUCAAGUUUUAGGAAGAAUUCUGCGAAUAGGAAGGGUAGAUCUAAGUCUAGAUCUAAGGCCAGAAAAUGCUAUAAUUGCCAUGAAUUUGGUCACUUCAUUAAGGACUGUCCUAAGCCUAAGAAAAAUCAGCAUAAUGAACAUGCUAAUGUGGCUUUUGGUGAAGAAAAAAUGGGUGAUAUUUUUAUGGUUAAUAAUCUUUGUGAUCAUGCAUGUGUUAAUUCUGUGCUUUCUAAUUCCCUAUGUGAAUCUGAUUGGUUAGUUGACUCCGGUUGUACUUUUCAUAUGACUCCCUUUGAAAAUCUUUUUUCAAAUUAUAAGAAAAUUGAAAAUGGCUAUGUGUCUAUGGCUAAUGAAAAGAAAUGCAACGUGUUAGGAACUGGUGAUGUAUGCCUUAGAUUUUCUUCUGGCUCUGUGUUCACUUUGAAAGAUGUUAGGCAUGUUCCUGAUUUACGUUAUAAUUUGCUUUCAUGUGCAUCCCUUGAAAAUGAAGGUUUUGAGGGAAAAUGGGGGAAAGGGGUUAUGAAAAUCAUGAAAGGAUCUCUUGUUAUUUUUACUGCUGAAAAGAAAAAUAACUUGUAUGUGUGUCAAGCUGAACCUGUACCUGAUUAUGUGUACUCUGUGAUAGGUGAUAAAUCUAUUUUAUGGCAUAAUAGAUUAGGUCACAUGAGUAAUAAGGGAUUAGAUAUUUUGCAUAAAAAUGGUCACUUUGGUAGUGAUAAAUUAUCCCCUAUUGAAUUUUGUGAAUCAUGCGUGUUAGGAAAACAACAUAGGGUUAGCUUCCCUAUUUCUACUUUUCCUAAUCAAUCUAAGUGUGUUGACAUACUUGAGUAUUUGCAUGCUGAUGUGUGGGGUCCCUCUAGUGUUCCUACGCAAGGAGGGAAUCAAUAUUUUCUUUCCAUUAUUGAUGAUUAUUCUAGGAAAGUUUGGGUUUUGCUCAUGAAACAAAAAUCUGAAGUUUUUGAAAAAUUUAAAAACUGGAAAAUCAUGAUAGAAAACCAAACAGGAAAGAAAAUUAAAGCCCUUAGGACAGACAAUGGACUUGAGUUUUGUAAUAAACAAAUGAAUGAUUUGUGUGCUACUUGGGGUAUAAAAAGACAUAAAUCUGUUCCUUACACACCCCAACAGAAUGGGGUUGCUGAAAGGAUGAAUAGAUCUCUCUUAGAGAGGGUGCGGGCCAUGUUGGCCACAUCUGGUCUCUCUAAGAAAUUUUGGGGGGAAACGCUUAAUACCGCUGCUUAUUUAAUUAAUAGGUCCCCGUCUGUCCCCUUAGGAGGGAAGUGCCCAGAAUCUGUUUUCACGGGCAAGAAGCUUGAUUUGACGAACUUAAGAGUGUUUGGAUGUGCGGGUUAUGUGCAUCAAAAGAUUGAUAAAUUGGAACCUAGAUCUAAGAAGUGUGUUUUCUUAGGGUACCCAGAAGGGGUAAAGGGUUAUAGGCUUUGGGAUAGGAGUGAACCAGGGUUUAAAGUAGUUAUAAGUAGAGAUGUCAUUUUUAAUGAAAAUGAAUUUCCUUGUUUGACUUUACCUGUGCAUGUUCCUCAUAAUGAUGCUCCUAAUGAGGUGGAGCAAGUUCCUGUUAAAUUUCAAUCUGAAUUUUCUGCUAAAAAUGAUUUGCAUGAAAAUGUUCUUGAAAAUCAAGGUGAGAGUACUUCGAAUGAGGUGGAGCAUGAUAUUCAUGAUGAGAAUGUUUUUUCUGAAAAUGAUGAUUUGCAUGACUAUCAACUUGCUAGGGAUAGAGAUAGAAGGGUUAUUAGGAAACCAGAAAGAUAUAGGGAUUGCAAUUUGAUUAAUUGUGAUAUAUCUGAGUUUGCCUUUAACAUAUUUGAAUCCCUUGAAUGCAAUGAACCUAGGACUUUUAAAGAGGCUUUAAAGUCUAAAUAUUCCAAAGAAUGGAUUAGUGCUAUGAAUAGUGAAAUGGAAUCCCUUAAAAUUAACCAAACUUGGAAACUUGUUCCUAGACCCGCUAGUUGUUCCUUAGUGGAUUGUAAGUGGCUAUUUAAGGUGAAGCAAGAAUCUGAAAAUGUGAGGUUUAAAGCUAGAUUAGUAGCUAAGGGAUUUACUCAAAAGGAGGGAAUUGAUUAUGCUGAAAUUUUUGCUCCUGUUGUCAAGUUCACCACCAUUAGAAUUAUACUUGCUUUAGUUGCUCAUUUUAAUUGGGAAUUAAAACAGAUGGAUGUAACUACUGCUUUUUUGCAUGGUGAUCUUGAUAAGAAUAUUUAUAUGCACCAACCUGAGGGUUUUGUUGACCCUAAAUUGCCUGACCAUGUGUGUUUAUUGAAAAAAGCUUUGUAUGGUUUAAAACAAUCACCUAGGCAAUGGAAUAUUAAAUUUGACAAGUGCAUGCAAUCUUUAAAAUUUUCUAAAAGCUCCGCCGAUCAUUGUUUGUAUUAUAAAAAUAUUGACUCCACGCCUAUAUUUUUAUUACUCUAUGUGGAUGACAUGUUAAUUGUUAGUCCUUGUUUGAAGUCUAUUGAGCAUGUCCAAAAAUCUCUUUGUGAAAACUUUGACAUGAAAGACUUAGGCGAUGCUAGGAAAAUUUUAGGCAUAAGCAUCAUCAGGGAUAGAAAGAAAUCUACUCUAGUGUUAAAUCAAAGAUCAUACAUUGAUAAGGUUUUGAGUAAAUUUUCUAUGUCUGGUGCUAAAUCUGUGAAUGUGCCUCUUGCUUCUCAUUUUGUGUUAAGUAAGGAUCAGUCCCCCAAGACUGAAACUGAAAUGAAUGAAAUGAAAAAUGUGCCUUAUUCGAAUGCUAUAGGAUCUGUCAUGUAUCUCAUGGUUAGUACUAGGCCCGACAUUGCAUAUGCGGUUAGUUGUUUAAGUAGAUACAUGUCUAAUCCUGGAAUGCCUCAUUGGAAUGCUUUGAAAUGGCUUUUAAGGUAUUUGAAAUAUUCUGUGGAUGUUGGUUUGACUUUUUCUAAGUGCUCUGAAGGUGUUAAAUUAAUUGGCUAUGUUGAUUCCAAUUAUGCUAAUGAUAGAGAUAAUAGAAAGUCUACAACUUCUUAUGUGUUUACUUUGUGUGGCUCUUGUGUAAGUUGGAAAUCCCAACUUCAACCUAUUGUUGCUCUAUCUACUACUGAGUCUGAGUAUGUAGCUGCCACAGAAGCUUUCAAAGAAGCUAUUUGGCUUAGAGGUCUUUUGCAUGAAAUUAAUUUUCUUGACAAAAAUGUGGUUAUAUUUUCUGACAGUCAAUCUGCUAUUCAAUUGUGUAAAAAUCCUGUUUUCCAUGAUAGGACUAAGCAUAUUGAUGUUAAAUUUCAUUAUAUUCGAGAUAUUGUUGAAAAGGGAAUUAUAAAAUUAGAGAAAAUUCCUUCAGAAUUUAAUCCUGCUGACAUGGGUACUAAAUGUUUACCUGUUGAAAAAUUUGUUUCGUGUCAAAAGAUUUUAAAUUUUGAUUUUGGAUGAAUUUUUUCUGUGUUGCAUCGGUUUACUAUUAACUUACCUAGUGUUUGUUAAUAGUUUGGUGUUGGUGUCCCUUCGAACUCGAUGACCAUUAUGGUAGAGUAAAGUCCUUUAUGGACUCGGCAAGCUUGGUGUGUUGGCCCCUUUGUGAUCCGAGAAUACAUGGGGUAUUCUCUUAUAUUACUUGUAUAAUCUUUGCGAUAAUACUUGUAAUAAUUCGGCGAUGAUGAGUCCGCGGUUCCGUGAAUUGUCUCAGUGCACUACCUUGGGCCAAAGGUGGAGAUUGUUAAUAUAUUAUUGGCCCAAAUAGCCUUUGUAUAUUAAUAAUAGUUGACAACCUAUUCAGCAACCCACUACUCUUACUCCAGUUACCAAACUUGUUUUGUACCAAGUCUAUUUCUCCCGUUUGAAUUUGAACUCAAAUAAGUGAGAUCAAAUAAGUGAGGUGUGUGAUUGUGUUGUCCCUUGCACCGUCCAAUCCCUUGAGCUAAUAAGCCAAAUCUUCUUUAUUAUGAGACUUCCCUGCAUCCUACUUCAUGUGCUAUUGUUCUCUACCGACAGUUGCUCCUUCCUUGCUCUAGCUGUAUAUAUCCACCACCUCUUGAAGUUUUUUGAUAUAGACUGUGAGAACUCCUUCUUUGUGAAGCUGAGUGAGAGGAGUGUUGAGAAGGUAGAAUAGGUUGUUGCUCCCUUAGCCUUGGUGUGCACAAGGAGACUACCGGAAACCGAUCUCCGGCGACCUGAGCCGAAUCCGGCAAGACAGAAACGGAUCCACAACAAUCUCAUCUCGCUGAAAGUUUGAGAGUAUUGAGCUAUGAAAUAUAUUCGAUUAGAUAUAUUAUGACCCUCGUAACUCAUUACGAGUAAAAUGUUAUGACUUCUGGAAAAUCAGCACAAUCUAAACGUAAAAUCAACAAAAUUUAAUGCGUAAUAUUGAUUAUUUUCCCAAAUUUUAAAAAUAACAUUUAAUUAACUCAUUACUUACGUGACAUGAUUCAGAAACAGAGCAAAUAAAAUCUAUCGUAUUGCUACAUGUGCAUAUUUAUCUAAACUACAAAUGAAACAUUCAACUCGUACAUUUUUCUAAUUAAAAACGAUUUACCAUUUUCAUUUUGUACAUAGUUGAUUAUAACUUUGCAUUUUCUAAAAAAAAGGAUGACACUCCAUCCCUGAGGGCCCCCCAACACCGACCGGACGGUACAAUGGGAGGAUGUAAAUUGGACUAUAAUCACAAUCUGACAGAUUGAGAGUGAGGCUCUGUCCCCGGUACUUGCAGAGGUCCUAUGCAUUUUUCAGCAUAUUAACCCCUCAUCGCAGUUGCCGGGAUUCGAACCCGAGACCUAACCCUUGUGCCACUCCCUCGCUACCAGUUGAGCUACGCCCACCGGUUAACUUUGCAUUUUCUAGUUUAAUUUUAUGUAUACGUGUUACUCUCCUACUCUUUGGCUAGAUACCAAUGAAAAUACAUGACUCCUGCUUCUACUUUCCUAUUUUGCGCAGCUUCGUUCUAAAUGAGUGAUUAGAGAGGCCGGGAUGGAGAGUUACUCUAAAUGAGUGAUAAGGGAGUUGGUUGGCUGUUAUAAUUGAAGUUCAAUAUUGUAUUAUUGUGCAUGAUAUUAGGAACCAAUUUAUGCAGCAAUCAAAGCCAAUAUCAGUCGACGAAAUGAAUAAAUGAUCCCAACAAUCACUUUAGUGCAAAGUCUGACAGUAUUCAUACUUAACGCAGUUACUAUUUAAUCAAUACAUUAAAUGUCACUUUAUUCAUUUACUAUCUUUGUUUUUAUCUUAUAUCGGUCAAGAUUUCUAAUCAUAUCAGAAGAAUUUCAAAAAAUGGUCAUAAUGUCAUACUGUCAUGGCAAGUUCCCGUUGUAAAUGAGAAUGAACGGUGAUAUGAUUCUAUCGUUCUAUUCCAAAAUCAAUAAUUCAUGCACAAGUUACUAUUCUACACAUUUUUACGUGGUUUGUGAAAAGUUUAUUUUGUCUGUCUAAGACAAAAUACGUUUUAUUUGUUAAGACAAAACAUGUUUUGUUUGAGACAGACUAAAAACUCCUCACAAUUGCGUAUAAAAAUGUGUACAAAAGAUUUUUUUCUUUCAAAAUAUUACUCCCUUCAUUCCUUAAAAUUUGGUAAAAUUUGUCUGGUUCGAAGAUUAAUAAAGUAAAAUUUGUGUGAUUGAGAUUUGUGCAGAAUAGAGAAAUUUGUGAAUAUUAUGGGAAAAGGUGCUCCAAUAGGAACCCUGGCAUUUGUCUAUUUAUAUUCAAAGAGUUUAAUACAAAAUAGGAAACAAAUAUCCUUAUAAUAUUCUAUUACACCCCCUCAAAUUGUGCGGGAGAAACAAUGCGCAGGUUGUCUUUUAAAAAAUGAAAUUGCUGACUAGAAAGACUUUUAGUAAAAAUGUCAGCUAACUGCAACUGAGUAGGAACGUACUUCACAACUAAAUCUCCAUGAGCUACACGCUCCCGAACAAAGUGAUAGUCUAUCUGAAUGUGCUUGCUACGGGCAUGCUGUACUGGAUUAACAGUCAAAUAGGAAGCAGAUAUAUUAUCACAAAAAAGCUGAACUGGUGUAGCAACAGGAAACCCAAGCUCGUAUAGUACUAAACGAAUGUGAAGAGUAUCCUGAACAGUAUAGGCAACUGCCCUAUACUCAGCUUCCGUAGAGGAUUUGGAGACAGUAGGCAGCUUCUUAGACUUCCAUGAUAUAAGAUUCGGACCCAAGAACACAGCAAAGCCAGUUGUGGACCGAGAAGUAUCUGGACAGCCAGCCCAAUCAGCAUCGGAGUAAGCAAUAACACAAGUAGCCCGAGAUGUGGGCUGAAGCCAUAAUCCAUGAUCAAGAGUCCCCUGCAAGUAUCUAAAAAUCCUCUUGACAGCAAACAAAUGACUGGUACGAGGGGCAUGCAUAAACUGAGACAUUAAAUGCACAGCAUAUGUAAUAUCAGGUCGUGUCAAAGUUAAAUAUUGUAACGCACCAACCAUACUACGAUACUCAGUAGCAUCAGCAAGGAGUUCACCAUCAGUGAGGGAUAGAGAAGUGCGGGUAGCAAGUGGAGUACGAACAGAUUUGAGGGUAUGAAGAUGAAAACGAGACAAAAGAUCAGACACAUAUUUAUGCUGAGAUAGAAACAAAUCUUUUUGUGACCGGACAGCCUAGACUCCCAAAAAAUAAUGAAGAUCUCCUAGAUCUUUCAUAGCAAAAUGUUGAGCAACUAACUGAAUAAAAGAGGUGAUAGCAGCGGAAGAAUUACCAGUAAUAAUGAUUUCAUCAACAUAUAGUAAUAGAUAAAUGACAUUAUUAUUCUGGCGAAAAAUAAACAACGAAUUAUCAGACCUACUGCAUGUAAAAUGAUGAGAUAAGAGAAAGCUACUAAAUCUGUGAAACCACGCCCGCGGGGCUUGCUUAAGGCCAUAAAUGGCUUUGCG